AUGCAAAACGGCAGCCCGAAUGGCAUUUCACAACAAGAUGAACGCGUGACCCCCGAAAUAGAACCUGUCCCUUCCGAACUGUCUGCGUCCCAUACAUUCGUUGAUCCUGUGAACCGCGACCCGAUCCUUGCGGAGGUCAAAGAAGACGAGGCCACAACCGAUACUACGGAAGGACCUCCAUCAAAGAAGCGGAAGCUUGCAGGAUCGGCCACUUCCCGUCGCUCGAGCUCAAGGCCGGCAUCGCCUCCCUGGAAGAAAGCUGGCGUUGAUGGACCAACAUCCUUCAUUCAGGAUGGCAGACGCAAGUCUUCCAGAGUCAAUGCGCUACCCCUCGAGUUGCAACCUCCUUCAGACAAAAGGCAUACACGAGCAGCACAGAAGCAGUCAGUAGGUAGGAAUGUUCUGGGUGGUGGAAAGGCCGUUGCGUCGUCGCCGUCAGCGUUUAUGACUCCAUCACGCCCCGACAGCAAUGGAAAGCCUGCUAGCGGCACAGCAGCAGUCAACGGAUCUCCUAGAGGCCUGUCAAUAAGAGGGAUAGCCGCAGGCCAACAACGUGUUUCACAGUCUCCGGUUUCCAAGGAAACUAAUGCACGGACGAGGUCUCGAGGCUCUGGCACUUCAACAGCCUUCCUUCGAACUUCCAGCGUAGCUCUUAACAGUUCUUCUGCUCUGGCAACAAGUGGAACGAGUGAUUCUCGAAAAGGGGUCAAAGAUAUUGACCUUGAUGAUGGAGAUGGGGGGCUACGAAUACCUAGGCUGCGAAUCAAAGUUAAAAGGCCAUCUAUCAACAUCCAACACCCUUCCCACGUCUUAAACCCUCGGAAGUAUGGCUCAUUCAAACAAUGGCUUGAGAGUGAGGAGGGUAGGGUACGAGACGAUGCAGUUAUCACGCCAUCGGAGGCGCUCGAGGAGGCGAGGAGGAGGUGUCGAAUUGCUACAGCAAUCGAGCCUGGCGGUCUUCUUAGCCCAGAUGUAUGUUCUGCUUACCUACCAGAGCAGCAAGACGAACCACUUCCCCAAUACUCGCAUCAGGACUAUCUUGUGGCACACGCGUUGUAUUUCAAGAAACUUCUUGACCAAGAACACAAACGCCAUCGCCACACGGCAAGGCUUUUCGCUCAAUGGUGCGCUGAUGCAUGGAAGAAACGCAACAAGGAUCCAGAGGACAUACUUCGGGAACAGCAAGAGGAGAUGCGUGGGAAGCGCAAACAGUUAGCCAAGGACCUCCAGAAGAUGUUCGACCUGGCUCGCGCAGACGUAGAUAGGAUGCGCCUGGCACGCUGGGAGGAGGAACGAAAAGCAGAAGACCAGCAAGCUUUGGACCGUGCAAUAAAACAGUCCACUAUGCUCUUUGAGAGAAGACGAAUGGAGAUCCUUGGAGAAACGGGAAGUGAUGCACUAGAAUCUAGCGAUGAGGAAGGAGGUGAAACGGACGAUACAUCUGAUGAUGGCUCAGAUAAUGAAAGCAAUAUGUCAUCUACGGAGUCUGGAAGCGAAGAUGAUAAUGCUAUCGAUGACGAUGAGGGUCUAACAGCAGACGAACUCCGAUCGAAGUACGCCAACCUUUCUUCACUAAAGGAUGAUUCGGAUCACAGGUCCCAGGCUUCCGAUGACACGGCUUCGUCGAGACAUACCGAUAUCUCACAGGUUGGUCGCCUCGCAGAUAAUGUUGGGGAUGCCAACUUACCUUUGGCGGAGCUGCCACCAGAGAAAGUUCAACUCGAGGAUGUUGAUCCAGUGCUCAUGGAUGACAGCGACGAAGCGUCUACAGAUAUGGAUGAUGAUAUGGGCGAAAGCGAAGAGGACGAGGAUUCCAAUGGCUCAAACUCUGAUGAGGAAAGUGAUGAUGGGCCAGGGUUGCUGGGAUUCUUUUCUGCGAAAGACUCCCCUUAUAAUAACAACGAUCCUCAGGCUGAUGAUGAGAAUUCUGAUGAUGACGUUGUAGGCGAUGGCACCAAUGCGAAGAUCGUAUCCGAAGAAGAGGACCUGGAAGACACAGACGAAGUGUCCCUGGUUCCUAAUGGACCAGCACAGUUAGACUCGACACCCCCUGAUGCUGCUAAUGACUAUACUAUGGUCGACAACGUUUCCACUGGAACCAAGGGUACAGAUGUUGAACCCAGCGAAUCGCCUGCUCCAGGGUUGAAGACACCCAUUCCACAUCUACUUCGAGGAACCCUGCGAGAAUACCAACAUUUUGGGCUGGACUGGCUUGCUGGUCUAUAUACGAAUCACAUUAAUGGUAUCCUAGCUGAUGAAAUGGGUCUUGGCAAGACUAUCCAGACUAUCGCUUUGCUAGCACAUCUAGCCGUGGAACACGAAGUAUGGGGACCACACCUUGUUGUUGUGCCUACAAGCGUGAUCCUUAACUGGGAAAUGGAGUUCAAGAAAUGGUGUCCGGGUUUCAAAAUUAUGACUUACUACGGUAACCAAGAGGAGCGGCGACAGAAACGUAGGGGCUGGAUGGAUGACACGAGCUGGAAUGUUCUAAUCACUUCGUAUCAAUUAGUCUUGCAAGAUCAGCAGGUUCUCAAAAGAAGAAACUGGCAUUAUAUGAUUCUGGAUGAAGCGCAUAACAUCAAGAACUUUCGCUCGCAGAGGUGGCAGGCAUUGCUAACGUUCAGGACACGGGCACGACUUUUACUUACUGGUACACCGCUCCAAAAUAACCUGACAGAACUUUGGUCGCUCCUGUUUUUCUUGAUGCCUUCUGAUGGCGAUGAGACAGGCAUUGAGGGAUUCGCAGAUCUCAGGAAUUUCUCCGAGUGGUUUCGACGCCCGGUGGAGCAAAUUCUCGAACACGGCCGAGAGACGAUGGACGAUGAAGCAAAGCAGGUCGUUACCAAACUUCAUACUGUUUUGAGGCCUUAUAUAUUACGCCGUCUUAAAGCAGAUGUCGAGAAGCAGAUGCCGGCAAAAUAUGAACAUGUCAUUUAUUGCAGGCUCUCGAAGCGGCAACGGUUUCUCUAUGAUGGUUUUAUGUCCAGGGCACAGACUAAGGAGACUCUCGCUUCCGGGAACUAUCUGUCUAUCAUUAAUUGUUUAAUGCAGCUACGGAAAGUCUGCAACCAUCCAGAUCUGUUCGAAACUCGGCCGAUAUCCACAUCCUUCGCGAUGUCACGCUCUGUAGCUACCGAAUUUGAGACCAAAGAACUUCUCAUUCGCCGUCGACUUCUCUUUGAACACCCCCUCGACAGACUUGAUUUGGAUUUUCUUAACUUGGUCCCUAUCUCGAGGGAAGAUAUAUCCCGAAGACUGGCUGAUGACAGUACGAGGCUCAUGGCUUACGGUCCUUUCAAUGUGCUUCGCGAACAGCAGUAUCACAGGACUAACUGGGAGAUGAACUUCGAUGGCUCAACUAUACAGUCUACCUUGGAUGUAUUAGAAAAUGACUGUAGGAAGAGGAGGAUGGCAGAGUUGGAACGAUGCCUGUAUUUUGAGUCCAAGCGGCACGGUCGCCGUCCUGUAUACGGCAGUACUCUCAUUGAGUUCCUCACGGCAGACAGUAAACAGCGGCCGACGUGCAAUGGUCCGUUGCGGAAGCGGUCACUGGCAGACUGGCUGUCCAGUCGGUCAUCUGUUCUUGCCUCGAUGAUUUUGUCUAUCAAGGAACGUUCGCAUGUAAUGGAUGGUUAUGUCCAGCGAUUUGCUUGUGUCACUCCAGCUGUGGUCGCCGCUGGAAUCACCGAGGCCGCUCUAACUCCUAUCGAGACCCGGCAUUUAACCAAAAGGGAGAGAUUUCCAUCCUACGAUCCGUUUCAUGAAGCUCAAAUGCGGCUUUCCAUCGCGUUUCCGGACAAGAGACUCCUGCAGUAUGACUGCGGUAAACUACAAAGGCUCGACAAAUUACUUCGGGAUCUUAAGGCUGGAGGCCAUCGGGCGCUGAUUUUUACGCAAAUGACUAAGAUGCUCGAUAUCUUAGAGCAGUUCCUCAACAUUCAUGGGCAUCGAUACCUCCGAUUAGACGGUACCACCAAAGUCGAGCAGCGCCAGAUUCUUACAGACAGGUUCAACAAUGACAGCCGCAUUCUUGCCUUCAUUCUGUCCAGUCGAUCUGGCGGAUUGGGUAUCAACCUGACAGGUGCUGACACUGUGAUUUUCUACGAUCUCGACUGGAAUCCGGCAAUGGACAAACAGUGUCAGGAUCGGUGUCACCGUAUUGGGCAAACGCGCGAUGUUCACAUCUACCGUUUCGUCUCCGAAUAUACCAUUGAAUCCAACAUCCUCCGUAAGGCGAACCAGAAGAGGAUGCUAGACGAUGUCGUCAUCCAAGAGGGCGAGUUCACCACAGAUUACUUUGCCAAGCUGGAUGUUCGCGAGGUGAUUGGUAAUGAGGAGAUGCCGGAGAACCAGGAUGAGGCCAGUGCGGCAAUGGACCGUGUCCUCGAGAACCGAGUCUCCAGCAGUUCUCGCGUAUUCGAACAGGCAGAAGAUAAGGAAGAUAUUGACGCAGCAAAGAAUGCCCAAAAGGAGCUGGAGCAUGCAGAUGACGGUGACUUUGAAGACCGAAGUGCCUCUCAAAAUACUCCCGCUCAAACACCUGCCCAGACCCAGGUUGGAACCCCAUUAGCCGCCGGCGAUGAACUUGGAAAUCAUGGACCUGGUGUGGACGAAUUUGUGGAUGCUGAGCCACAAACUGCUCACAUCGAUGAUUACCUCUUACGGUUUAUGGAAUGGAACUUGAAGGACGAACCGCUCGUUCUACCCCCGGACAAGGGUAAGAAGAAGUCUAAGAAGGGCAAGGAGCAUCGUCUUCGCAAAAGACGCCGUUAA